AUGGCUCGCUCAUCAAAAAAAUCAAAGGCAGCAACUGUGACGGAUGAUUUGAAAAAUUUAAAUGUUGAACAACAAGACCAAGAUGAAGAAGACGAAGAGAUGGAAGAGAAUUCUGAUGAAGAAGAAUCAGACGACGAGCAUAAUAGCGAUCAAGAUCAAGAAAUGUUAGAUACAAACGAAAUAAUUCAAGUUGAUUUAGAAGCACGUACGCCUGUCGACAGUGAUCAUCAAAUAAUUCAGCAUUUUCUUGAACAAAAUUUUCCGGCAACUCUCAAUCUUUCAGAAUUAUCAAAACAACUUAUUAGUCAACAAUCUGUGGGUAGUGUUUUAUUUCAAGCAAUUGAUCCACAAGAGCCAACAAUCGAUGAUAAUCAAGAGAGUGAUAAUGAAGAUGAUGAUGGACCUGUGUUGGGUGUAUGUUCAAUAUUGAGUCUAGUUGAAAAUCAAGAAAAACCAUUAGUAUCAAAAUUUAUGACAUAUUUGAAAGAAAAAUGUGCAGAUAAUUCUCAAGCAUUGAAAAUUUUGAAUGAAAAACAUUGUGGUCUAUUUAUAAAUGAACGAUAUGUAAAUAUUCCAUCAGACGUUGCUGAACCAUCGAUAAGAACAUUAUUAGAUGAAAUUAAAUUAAUAGUUGAAAAAAAUUCGACAGUAACAACAAAUGAUAAACUCUCUAAACAACAAAAACAUCUUAUAAAUCAAUAUUCGUUUGAUUACUGGAUAUUACAUUCAAAAUUGAAAGUAAACCAUAAUCUAAAUGAAACUACGGUGUAUUUAAAUGAUGAGGAAGAAAUAUUUGAAAAGUAUGCCGAUACACAUGUGGAUUAUUCAUUUGAACAACAGCAACAACAGAAACAAUCAAAGAAGAAAAAGGGUAAAAAUCAACCCGUUGAUUGGUUGAAAUUAACCUGUUUACGCGUUAGUUCCAAUGCAACGAAACAAGUAGAUAUUCAUUUCAAAUUAAUUGAUUAUGUUCAAAUGCAAACUUUACCAAUGUUAAGACUAAGUUUACCAUUAAAUUUGUUAUUAAAUUUGAAAUUGUUAUCCGUAAUUAGUUCUACAUCAGUUCGAGUUGGUCGAUCUGAAACAGCUUUGACAUUCGUUACUCAAUAUGAUGUUGAAUUAUAUCAAUUUUUAAUUGACAAACAGCCGCCAUUGUAUAAAAUUCAUAAUGAAGAAGUACAAGGAGCCGAUCAUCAAGCAAAAAUACAAAUUAAUAAAUUGACUGGUGAAGGUGAAGCAUUCACGAAGAGAGGUGGUGACAUACAAUUAAUUUUACGUCGUAUUCGAAAUGGUUUUAUAAUUUGUGAUGAUACUGAAAUAUGUGAUAAAAUAAUUAGUCAAGACAUUGAGAAUGAAAGAAGACGACGAGAGAUAGCUAAGUACAAAAAUGUUGAAAUAAACAACAUGGACUUAUUAACUUUAUUACGUUCAGAUCCGGCCUAUAUCGACGAUGAAUUAUCACACUCUCCUGAAUGGACAGUUAAUAGUGUACAUGAAUCGACUCGACGCAGUAGAUGUGAAACAUUGGGACGUUUAGAUGAAAUAAAACAUGAGAAUGAAAUGAAACGAAAAGUGAAAGUUAUCUCUUGGCAAGAACCAAAACAUAAUCAGUCUGAUCAUAAUGAACAAGUUAAAUCUGAUAUAGACAAUUCAAAUGAUAUAUUUUGUCGCCGUUUACAGCCUCCUACAAAGCUAGAGAAUCCAUCACCGUUAACACUUUUAUUAAAAAAUUCUCUGGAAAACCAAAAUCCUUUCAAUCAAUAUGCAAAAUUUGAUGGAACACCGAAUCCUGGUAAACAAUCGAAACGUUUUAAAGUUCAUUUAUCAAAGCGACCAACUCAACCACCGCUAACGAUUAUCGUAUCUAGUCAAGCAACGGUUGAACAAGUCAUCGGGUUUAUUUGUUAUCGAUAUUGUAUUGAAGAUAGACAACCUCCACUAACACAAGAAGAUCUUAAGUACUAUUCAUUGUAUUUAGCAGAUGACGAUGGUAAAAUAGAAGAAGAUUUUCCGCCAUUAACGACCACUCGACUCAUCGGCCAAUACGAUUUUCCACGUUUUGUACUAGUUGAAAUUGAACAAAUUGCUUCAGUCGUCGAUGAAGCUGAAUAUUCGUCAUCGACACCUGCAUCCAGUCUGUCGUCUCAUAAUUCCUCUCCGUCUCAAUUAGUCUUACAUAUGUCAGCAACAACGACAACACCAGCAACAACCACGUCAACAUUUGUCGAACAACUACACCGAAAAUCUGUGAUAUCAACCAAUUCGCUUGAACAAGAUAAAGAAAGAGAAAAAGAAAAACAACUACAUCGAAAAUCUGUGAUAUCAACUAAUUCACUUGAACGAGAUAAAGAAAAAGAAAAUGAUCCUAUUUAUGAUUUGAAUCGCUUGUACGAAAGUUUAAAUCAAAAAUCAUAUUCAGUUGAAAUGAUUCUUAAACAUGGAAAACAUGCAUAUGGAAGAUUAGAUAUAUCCGGUGAACAAAUAAAAAUGGAAAUAUUAGAAAAACCCAGGACAUGGUCGCGAGAGAAACCACCAUUAAAUCUAGUUUAUUCUUCAAAUAAAUUAGUUGAUUGUGCAAUAGUAAAUAAAGACAAAAAGAAAGAGCGUAUUCGUCUCACAUUGACAUUUGAAUGUAAUCUUGAUGAUGGAAGUUUGAUUUAUCAAUCGCAUGAAUUCGAUUGUGGUUCACAAUCGUCAAUGGCUCAAGACAUUCAGGAUCAAACAGGAAAUAUUAUUAAAGUAAAAAAUUUAGAUGGACGAAAAAUGUAUGAGGACAAUAUGAAACGUGAUUUAGCAAAAAAAAAACGAUCGAUAUUAAAUCCAUUUGGAAAAUAA